UAGCAGGUGGGGCACUAGUGGUAGGCCAGGCUGCCUGGAGUGUCCCAGCAGGUACUAGAAAUGAGACAUGGGGUUGUCCAUAACUUCUGGCACAUGAAUUAUCGCUGUGGGGUGGGUGGCCUGCGUGGCUGUGAGUUCUGGGUAGUUACAAGGCCAUCCUGAGAGGCUUGUUGAAAUAGCCCUGGGGAGAGAAGGAAAGUUCAGGUGUUUGGGCCACACUAUUGCAGACCUGGUUUCACCCGCUUGGAGUGUGGGUUGCCCUCCUGGUUACCUCCCCAGCCAUACUGGUUGUGGCUGCAGCCUGAGCCUGUACGCCCAGUUCCCUUCCACCAGUUUGCAUGCAGUAUGAUCAGGCCGGUGGCACAGGUUGGGACCCACCCAGGGCCACAGGCUGGUGACUCCAAUAGAAGAUUCAUCAGGUUCUGAUGGGUGUGGUGGGCCCAAGCCCGCCCACCCUGUGCCGUCACCUUUCCACCGCCCCCAUCUCACCAAGGCAGGCUUGGUGUUCAUCCUGGUGGGGCUGGUCCAGGGGGCGGGGCAGGCAGUCAAACGGGUCCAGCGGGUAUCGGACCUAGAGGGGUGGCCCCAGAUGAGCACCCUCCUCCUGGGAGGGUACUUCUGAACCCAGCUGCAGGUAGGCCAGAGACGGGUCAGAACAGGCAGGGACACGCCACGGGCCAGAGGGAGGAGGCAUCCACAGGUCCGUCCGGAUGCCCUGCCCUCGGCCGCCCUGGCUCCGCCGUUCCCGGGCCCUUCAGGGCUCGGGUCCCAGCUCCCCAGGCUCGCUCUCUGCACCCCGCUCCCCGAGCAGAGGGGAGGACCAGGACCAGGACGAGGAAGAGGAGGGAGACUGCAGCCCAGGCUCCGACCCCGUCCUGCUCCCCGCCUCCCCUGUGGAGUGCCUCAUCUGCGUGUCGCCCUUCGACGGCGUGUUCAAGCUGCCCAAGCGCCUGGACUGUGGCCACGUCUUCUGUCUCGAGUGCCUGGCGCGCCUAUCGUUGGCCACGGCGGGCGGCGGCGACGCGGUGGCCUGCCCGGUGUGCCGCGCGCCCACGCGCCUGGCCCCCCGCCGCGGACUGCCCGCGUUGCCCACGCAGUCCGCUCUCCUGCCCCGCGACGCGCGCGCGCCACCCUCGCGCCAGGGCUCCGUGCGCUUCGACAGGCGCCGAGGCCUCCUCUACCUGCGGCCGCCGCCGCCCCCGCCCGGGCCACGUAAGUCCCGCGCCCCGCGCGCCCAGCCGCCCCCGCCACCUCUGCGCCUGGGCCGCCCGCUGUCGCGCCGCCUGACGCUGGACAGCCCGGCCUGGGUCUUCAACGCGGCCGUGGCGGUGGCCGUGCUGGUGACCGCGGGCCUGGUGGUCUCGGGCGUCUACAUCUUCUUCCUCAUUCCACACGCCACCUCCUCUGGCCCCGCGCGGCCCCAGCUCGUGGCGCUCGCCCCGGCGCCCGGCUUCUCUUGGUUCCCGCCGAGGCCCACUCCGGGGGCGCCCUGGACCCCCGCCUGGACGCCGCGCCCCACAGGCCCUGACCUGGAUGCGGCCCUGCCAGGAACUGCAGAAGGUGUGCUGGAGCCCAAGGGGGGUCCCGAGGACCUGGCAGAGGCGGAGGAGGGACCCGAGGCCCCGGCGGAGACGAAGGGGAUGCUGGACAAGCAGCCGGACAGCCCGUGGGACACAGAGGCUGGACCCGGUUGGGCCCCGUGGGUACGGGGCGCAAGGAGGCUGUGGCGCCCACAGUAAGUGCGCCCGCGCUGCAGUCCUACCGCUAGGCCUGGCACCUCCGUGUCAUCUGAGGGCCUUAGCAGGGUGCACGGCACUUACCUGUUUCUCCAGAUUGGGGCCUGGAGCAAGCAUCCUUGGCAUUGUCACCAUGAGGCAGGUCCCUCUCAAGGAGCAGCCACCGCAGUCGUCCCACAGGGAUCCGCUGGUAACACCCCGACCCCCAUUCUUGUGGCUGUCCAGUGCUGGGAUUACAGGAGAAGGGUGCCCUAACCAUGACUUCUGUAAGGGUCCUGCUGGGGCCUGGUCUAGAACCCAGACUCCUUGGGGGUGCAGUUGGAAGCAUCCCUAAUCCUCAUCCCUUGUGAGAGUCCAGCUGCGAACACCCCCCGACCAACAUCCAUGCAGGUGCCCAGCCAGAGGCAGCCCCACAGUGAUCCUUGAACGGGUCCUGCUGGGAGUGUCCCCAGUCACCCUCACCCCAGAGCCCUGGGGAAGCAUCCUUAUCAGCACCAGAGGCCGAAGGCCCUGACCCAUUCAUCUUUUGAACUGGCUACAGGUGGCAGGGGCCCGCCCAUCUUUGGAGGGCAGAGCUGCUGCUGCUAUUAUUCCCUGGUCACGUGUCUCUUCAACUGGCCCAUUGCAGGGGCCCUCCCACCACUCCACUGUCUGUGGAGUUUCUUUUCUACUGCCUGCAAUCUGGGCCUGAGUGGGCUCCAGCUGUCUACCCGCUGAUCCCGGGCCUAUGGUUGCAUCCUGCACACCUCGUUGGGGCUGGGGAGGAACCUGAGUCUUAGAGACUUGCUCUCACCCCAAUCCUAAAUCCCCAGCUGCUCUGGGAGCCUCAACUUCCCCCUGGGUUGUGGCUUCUAGGAUCGUCUCAAUAUGCUGUGCUCAUCAUGACUCAGGCCAAGGUCACCCCAGGGGUCACAUAGCAGCAGACAAUGGUGGGAGUGGGAGUCCUGGAACUCCUUGGUUAGCCAUAGGGAUCCUAGUCCCUUUCCCUGGCCACCAGAGUCCCCAUCAGCCCUGAUUAAUAUCUUGGUGCCAGUUUCUGCACUUCUUCCUCCAGGGCUCCAUCUGUCACUCAGCUUCCUUUCUUGUGCCUCAAGGUGAAGCCUGAGCCUUCCUGAUAGCAGCCUCCAGGGAAGGUGUCUCGUGGGCUCCUGUCUUCUUCCUUUCAGAAGUCUUCCUGGGUUCGUUAUUGGGGGUUGAUGGCAGCUAUCCUCUGUGCAGAUUCAACAUGGGGCUUCUGUCUCCUCCCAGGCCCUGCACCCCCCGAUCCUGCCUCACUUUAUUCUGGGGAGGAGUGCUGUAUUUUGGGAAUGGGCACCCAGCAUGUUCCAAAGGGAAACAUGACUUCUCUGUGGCUGGAGGCUCCUGUUUGAUUUAUGUGUGUCCUCGGCACCAGCAUACAGUAGGUGCCAAAUAGGGGAGUGACAGAAUUGCAGGUGACCCAGGCAGCCUGGGAAUAAACGCUGGGUGCAGGACUGUUUAGAGCUAGCUCUGGUGUGAGCUCCCGGUGGGAUCCAGAGGAGGAAUACUAGGGAGUCCAUGGGCAUGUCUUCUCAGACCAGUUCUUGCCCACACUCACAUGCCAAUGUCACCUGCAGGGGCUGGGACCAGUGCACUGGGUCACUGGGCAGCCACAGCUCAGCCUCAUAGGGAAGGAACCUCAUCAGAGAGCAUCCGAGUUGGUGGUCUAUUCAUUUCAUCUGGCUGCUGUGACAAAAUACCCCCAACCCAAUUCUUUAGAACACGCGUUUAUUUUAAUUAAUUUAUUUUAAAUAAUAAUAGUCUCACUCUGUCACCCGAGCUGGAGUGCGGUGGUGCAAUCUUGGCUCUCUGCAAUCUCCGCCUCCUGGGUUCAAACAAUUCUCCUGUCUCAGCCUCCUGAGUAGCUGGGAUUAUUGGGCACCGGCCACUAUGCCCAGCUAGUUUUUGUAUUUUUAGUAACGACAGGGUUUCACCAUGUUGGUCAGGCUGGUAUUGAACUCCUGACCUUGUGAUUCACCCACCUUGGCUUCCCAAAGUGCUGGGAUUAUAAGUGUGAGCCACCGUGCCCGGCCUUAUUUUAUUUAUUUAUUUCGUUUGAGACAGAGUCUUGCUCUGUGGCCCAGGCUGGAGUGCAGUGGCGUGACCCCGGCUCAUUGCAACCUCUACCUCCUGGGUUCAAACGAUUCUCCUGCCUCAGUCUCCCAAGAAGGGAUUACAGGCCUAAACCACCACGCCCAGCUUUUUGUAUUUUUUUUUCUUUUUUCCUUUUUUUCUCUAGUAUGCAAAUAUCUUAAGCUUUUUGUAUUUUUUGUUGUUGUUGUUAAUCAAUGAGAGCUUGUUAUGUUGCUCAGGUUGGCCUUGAACUCAUAACCUCGCCUCCUCAAGCGCCAGGACAACUGGCCAGAGCCACCGCGGCUCCCAAGCUUUUUGUAUUUUUAAUAGAGACAGGGUUUCGCCAUGUUGGCCAGGCUGGUCUUGAACUCCUGGUCUCAAGUGAUCUACCCACCUCAGCCUCCCAGAGUGCUGGGAUUACAGGCUUGGGCCACCGUGCCUGGCUAAACACACACUUACUACCUUACAGUUCUGCAGUUCAGAAGUCCACGAUCAGUUUCACCGGGCUAGAGCUGAGGUGCCCAGAGGGCUAGUUCUUUCUGCAGGCUCUAAGAGAGAAUCCAUUUCAUUAGUUUUUUUCCAGCUUCUAGGGCUCCAUUCCUUGAUUCCUGGCUCCUUCAAAGACAGCAGUGCAGCAUCUUCAAAUCUCUCUGACCCUCCUGCCUCACUCUUUCACUUCUAAGGACACUACGUGUAUGUUGCACACACCCAGAUAAACCAAGAUAGUCUCCCAUCUCAUGAUCAUUAAUUUAAUCACACAUGCACAGUGCACUUUGUGGUGUCAGGUAAAAGACUCACAAGUUCCAAGGAUUCAGACCUGGAUAUCUUUGGAGGCCAUUAUUCUGCCUGCCAUAGCAUCUGAGAUCCUCUUCAUUGCCUCCCUGUCCCACCCCAACCUAGGGGAGUGGGGGUGUACAAUAAUAGAUCUGACCCAGGUGGGCCAAGGAGAGGGGUUAGAAAGGGGCCCUUGCGUGGUGGUGAGCAGAAGAGAGAGGAUGCUCUGUGUCUGAGGGUGGUCCAGGAGGGCUUUCUGGAGGAGGAAGCUGUAUCCUAAGGGAUGCUGAAGAGCUGGUAUUGAAGCCAGUGGCAUAGCCUAUUGCAAAGACGGGUACCUGGGGAGGCCAGGGGUGGGGCUGAGGGUAGUGGGUGGGGCUGACCCCAUUCUCUCUUAACCAGCUCCCUCCUAGGGGCGUUUCUGGCUUCUGCAUUCUACCAGCUUGGAGCCAGGAGCCUCAUUCUCUCUUGCAGUAAAAUGAGUCUGAUAACUGAGCCUAGGGGUUGCUGAGCAUCUGGUCUGCUCAUUACUACCUUGGUUCCAGGUGUCUGCCUGUCUACCCCUGCCUUUAAACAAAGGAGCUGCCUGAAACCACCGAGGGGGAGGCCUCCCACCUUUGUCCGGCCUCAGCUCUCCUCUUUCUCUUCCUCAGAGCUGAUGUUGCGCCCUCCUAGACUCCCUCUGCCCACCCCAUCACUGCUGUAAACCCUGCCCCUUGGCACCUUGACCCCAGACUUGCUUCUCCUGGGAGGUCUGGGUAUUUGUGAAGCGCGGUGCCAGGGAUCAGCAUGGGACAGCCUUUUAUUCUCUUUUCUGCGUAUCGACGACAAUAAAUCUUUUUCCUUCA